CCAUCCCUUUCUCUCUAUACCACGGAACACUCACUGUUAUGUUUAUCCCCUAGAGCACUGUUCUCUUCCUACACAAACGGCUACUUUUUUCUUGUGGCUCCUUGCUCAGGACGAACCCAUACAUGCAGACUGUAUGAAAGCAGAAUACACAUUUCAAAUCAUCCUUCUACCUGAGGUUGUUUCUGGAAUUAGACACAUUUUCAAAUCGUCACCUGAGCUUUUUUCAGAAAAAAAGGAAGAAGAAAAAAAAAAAACCAAUAGAUCUAUUUAAAAUUGGUUUAUUUUUCUUUCACCUACCUGAUAUUUUCCCUGUUGUUAACAAAACAACAACAACAACAUGCUUUUAUUUAAUUUGAUGAAUUAUGGAAUAUCAUUUUAUUAUCUGGCGUUAACAGUACUAGCAGGAAUAAAAGGUAAGUUCCGACGUUUUACAUUUUAAUUUUCAUGUUUUUGUAAAAUUAUUUUUAAAUUAUGGAGAGGGAUUUUCAUGGCGUCAGUUUCAUUUUUAUUUUUAAUAGAAAUAACACUGACUUUUGCUUGACAUAGUUUAUACAAAAUAAAUUAAUAUUAUAAAGAUUAUUUAUAAGGUGCCAACAUAUUCUGUAGCGAUGUACAAUGAGACAUGACAUUUAUUUUCGUAAACCGCAUUGUAUAAUUUGGGUUAACGGGGCAAUUUUAAACAAUUUUGUAGAAUGAUUUCUGAGAACGUGAACAAGUGACAUUAAAAUUAACUUACUGGCAAUAUGAUUGAUGCAGAUUCGGAAUUCUAUGAACAUUACGAGUCUUUGUAGCAAUUAAAAAAAAAUGUUUUUCACAACAAUACACAAUGAGACUAUAAAGACAUGCUAAUGUGAUUACAACUAGAUAGUUGCUAAAAUGCAUGCAUGCACCGGAAUAUUAUAAAUACCGAAUUUUUGAUGUGGUGUGUUGUAAUCUAGUAAAAAAUAAACUCUUUUGUUCUUUGUUUGUUUUUUAGUCAGAGGAUUUUGAAAGGCAUCAUAGAGUAAUCUAUUGCAAGCCCUCAAGUGGUGCACGAGUUAAACGGAUGCAGGCAAUCUAGUCAAUGAAAUUUUAAUCUGGGCAAGUCAUGCAUUAAACAAAGACUUGAGGGAGAGAGCCCUUACAGUCACCAGUACCAUGCAUAGCAUCUGCUUCACUUGUCACAUCAAGUUUAUAUGAAUUAGACAGAGAAGCUUUUUAAGCCUGUUUCUAUGUUCAUUAAAUAAAGUUCUAAAAGCAUUGACAUAAAAGCAACCCCCCCCCCCAAAAAAAAAAAACUAUGAACAGCAAUUGGUUUAAUACUGAGACUGCUUUGACAACAAAAAGGAAGUACCACUCAUCAUAUGGGUGUUACAACAUAUCUGUAAUCAGAGCAGGAUUAACCAUAAAGUGACCAUAGGCAACUGCCUAGAGCCCAGGGACUCUAAUAGGCCCCAUUCAUACUCUAUGUGAACAAUAAAAGGAGGUGGUGGUGAGUUGGGAUGGGGGUGGGAGGGGGAGGAAGUCAGUAACCAGUGGAUCUGCAACAAAAUUCUAUAGGCAACAUCAGAUGACAGUGGUACUCCCAAGGACACUAACAUUCCAGUACUUGGGUAAUGCUCACUUGUUUUCCAGAGGGGAUAUUAAUGUCACGAGGGUCUUUGAUGGCCUUUCAGCACUGGCUGAAAAUGUACUGCCUUGCAUAUAGGGCUUUUCCAUUAAUAUACUGGAAUAGGCCAGCACACAACUCACUGGCCAACAAUACCAGUCUGUAGGACAUAUUUGUGAGUAGUAAGCACCCCAAAUCCAGCUGCUGCCGUUUGUACUUGUCCUCCUGUUUAUAACUGAAGUGAUUUGCCCUUUCCCCUUCCUGGUCUGUUAAAGACUCUCUUUUGCCUUUAAAAUAGAAUCUGUAGCAGGAACUUUACAAACCAAGUGUAUUCUUUGUUUAACUUUGUUUGCAUUGUUGAUGUAAAAUCUGUUUAUUGAACUAACUAGCAGAAAGCACAAUGACAUCAUCUGGAUAAUUGUACAAAAAUGCAGUAAAUGAGCAGUGAUUCCGUCGCAAUUUUUUGCGUUUUGUAAUACAUUAUCUAUGUUAUGCAUUUAACAAUGGGUUUUGUUUCCAGUUGGGUAUGUAUCUUUAAUCGCUCAUAUAAUCUGUCUGCAAGUAUGCUGGAACAUUUAAAACUUUAUUAUUUUCGCAAUCUUUAGCAAUAGGAACAUACAAUUUGUUUUAUAAGCUAUACUUAAAUCAGACAGCGAUUCAGCUUUACAUAGAUUUUACCUAGCGUGGUACAGUCCGACAGUCGCUUAGAUAUAAAGUACACAUUUAGCUAGGAUCAGCUGUCAUCCGAGGGAUGUGUUCUGUGAUAUGAUAAUAUGCAAAUGCCAUUUUACAGAAAUACAUUUCUCUAAAUACUAUUAUUGUGAUUAUUUCAUUUUUUUUUUCAGUUUCUUCACAAAGUGAAAUAGAAGAAAGGCUUUUCCAGAAAUUAUUUGCACGUUAUAAUCAGUACAUAAGGCCGGUACGAAAUGUAUCUGAUCCUGUUAUGGUGAAGUUUGAGGUGGCAAUAACACAACUAGUCAACGUGGUAAGAUUAAGAUGUGUUAAUAAUCGUUAAAUUAACUAAUUAGAAAACAUAAGCAAUUAGUGUAUUUUUUUUAGAUGCUCACGGAAAGCAAUUCAACUUCUCAGCUAGCCAACUGGGUAUUGUGAGCUGUAGUUAAACAUCAACCAAUAUCUAUCUAUCUAUCUAUCUAUCUAUCUAUCUAUCUAUCAAUCUAUCUUCUAUCUAUCUAUCUUCUAUCUAUCUAUCUUCUAUCUAUCUCUCUAUCUAUCUAUCUUCUAUCUAUCUAUCUAUCUAUCUAUCUAUCUAUCUUCUCUGCUAAUUGGUAUGUAUUAUUUUGUAUUAAAACAUUUUAAUGAAAACGCUAUAUCACUAAUUUUCAUUAAUCUGUUUUGUCUUUAAGGAUGAAGUUAAUCAAAUCUUGGAAACCAAUUUGUGGCUGCGGCAUGUAAGUUCUUCUAAAUAAUAUAUAUAUAUUUUGUAUGUAAGGUAGCAUUUGUAGCUACAGAGGAUACACUGCUAAUGCAAGAAACACACAACAGUUAGAAGUGACAGUGAAGUGUUAAAUUCUGCACCAUGGCUUUUGUUUUCCAACUUUUGCAAAAAUGGAUUUUUGGAAACAGUCAAAGGCAUCCAUCUUAUUCUUGCUUUUUCUACUAAAUCCUAAAGUACACUUAUUUCCAAUCACACAAUUACAUUUAUUUUUGAAAUCACAGAAAAUAAAGAGAAGAAUAAAUCUAGCACACGAUUGUCUGUAUCUACCCAUACUAGUCAGUAGUUUGGCUGCAUUGCCACAAUACUAGCAUUAGCAUUUUUAUAUUCUAGCUAUGCAUUCGUUACUUCAAAUACCUGUUAUACUAAUAUUUUUUUGGUUGUGAGGGAGUUAAUUCCUCAAUUUAGGAAUCAUUAAUUCAUUCUUCAAUUUAGGUAUAUGUAAAGUAAGGUUAAAGAGAUCUGUUUGGCUCCGGAGUUGAUCUUCUCUAUCUGUCUAAACCAACCUUCCACAGCAAUUACACUCUUGACGUGCUCACCUAACUUCCAAACUUGAGCUAAACUAACAUUUACCUGCAGCCUUUGGAUGGAUAUUUGUUUCAUGAAUCAAUCUCUUCCCACUGUUUUCCGUAUAUGGCUGCAAAAGAAAUCAGCACUGUCCAGUGCUGAAAGUAAAGCUUUCUACAACCUGACAUAUAGCAAGUCAUCUACUUGUAGAUAAACUUAUAUGGAUAUUUGUGAGUCAGAAACAAAGCUAAAUGAAACCAAGUAUACCGCAGUAGUAGAAAGAUAGCACUAACCGUUGCAAUCAGAGGUAUCCUCAGAGUCUACUGCAGUAGUCAUUAAAUUAUGUUGUUUUGGAAGAGUUUGUAUUGUUUCUCUUGAUUUAAGUAGAUAUGGAAUGACUAUAAACUCCAAUGGGAUCCAAUGGAUUUUGAAGGGAUAGAAUUCAUGAGAGUGCCAGCAGACAAGAUUUGGAAGCCUGACAUUGUCUUAUAUAACAAGUAUGUAAUCGUUUUACUCAUCGUCAUAUAUAAUGUAUUUGAAUAUUCAGUUGCACUUUUUUAAUACACUCAUAAUUCCUUGCAGUGCUGUUGGAGAUUUUCAAGUAGAAGGAAAGACAAAGGCCUUGCUUAAAUAUAAUGGCUUAAUCCAGUGGGCUCCACCUGGUAUAUUCAAGAGUUCCUGUCCAAUGGAUAUCACAUUUUUUCCAUUUGAUCACCAAAACUGCUCCUUGAAAUUUGGGUCCUGGUCCUACGAUAAAGCUAAAAUCGAUCUAGUGAUCAUUGGCUCAAAAGUGGACAUGAAGGACUUCUGGGAGAACAAUGAGUGGGAAAUAAUCGAUGCUUCUGGUUAUAAACAUGACAUCAAGUAUAACUGCUGCGAGGAGAUCUACACUGACAUAACAUACUCUUUUUAUAUCAGGAGACUACCAAUGUUUUACACUGUAAAUCUCAUUAUGCCAUGCCUUUUUAUAUCAUUUCUGACAGUAUUAGUUUUUUACCUUCCAUCAGACUGUGGGGAGAAGGUCACACUUUGUAUCUCGGUUCUCCUUUCCCUUACCGUGUUUUUGUUGGUUAUCACAGAAACAAUUCCAUCAACAUCCCUCGUAAUUCCACUUGUUGGAGAGUACCUUUUGUUCACAAUGAUAUUUGUGACAUUAUCAAUAGUUGUCACUGUAUUUGUGCUCAACAUUCACUAUCGUACUCCAACUACACACAAAAUGCCUCUGUGGGUGAAGGAUGUCUUUUUGAAACGUCUACCAAAACUUUUAAUGAUGAGAAAGACCAUACAGAAGAAAGACAGGCCUUGUUCGAAACGAACAAAAAAGAGAGAUUGCACGAAAGCAACAACACUAAUGAAUUCACAUUGCAGGGAUGUAGAACUGUUUGAAGAGGAGACAUGUUGCCAUCACAUGAAUUCAGAAGGCCAGAUAACUAGGAAUCGAAGAAGGAAACAACAUGGGAUAUGUAAUGCUUUUCAGGAGUCGUCAACUGAAAUGAAAGAGAUUGUUAGCAGUGUUAAGUUCAUGGCAGAAAAUAUCAAAGACCACAAUGAAAGGAGAGAGGUAACUAAAGCACUAUUGUUCAACAGUAAGGUAGAACACGUAGAACACACACAUAUUAAUUUCUCAAAAUAUGUCCCAGCUGUGUGAAGUUGAUGAGUUGCAUUCUAGGACAGCAACCACUUUCGGUGGAUGCUGUCAUUAAUUCUGUCUCUAUUGCUUUACUUAGAGAGAUAAGUGAGGAGCUUGUGAGAGAUAUCUCUGUUUGAGUGUGUCUAUGCAUUCCAUUUCAUACCAACUGGCAGAGAAUAGACAGCCUUUGAUACUCUUGCAGAACAAAACUUUAAAAAAGAAAAUAUCACGCAAGUAUAAUUUUUUAUUUUACAGGUAUUGGUUUUUUUAUAGCCCCCAUUUACAAUUAUGAGGGUGAGGGUGGUAGGUAGGCCUAUUUCAUUUUAAUAGAGAAUGGUUAGCAGACUGGGGACCCCUACCCACCUGAGGUGGGGACAAUACCACAAGUUUGAGGGGCGGACAAUGGCAUGUUAUUACAGCCUCCACCUCACACCCAUGUGUUAUUAAUAGAACCCAAACCCACCGUCUAUGGGUGGGAGUUUGAGGGUGGGGCACUAGGUAUCUCUCUUGUUUUGUAUUUAGAAAUCCCCACCGCUGCCAGUGGGUGGAGCUUGGAACAUUAGAUCCCUCCACGCGCAUUUAUAUUAGAGCCCUAACAUGCCGCCCAUGGAUGUGAUCUUGGGGGUGGGACACUAGGUAUCCCUCCUGUAAUAUAUAUCCCGCCGCCAAUGGGUGCUCUUGGGAUAGGGACAUUAGGUCCUCCCUUAUUUUAUAAUAACCCCUACCUGCUGCCCAUCGUUAGGGGCAGGGCAAAUACUAGGAUCCCCCUGUAUAAAAUUAGUAGCCCCAACAGGGGGAACAUUAGGAUGCCCCUUUACUUUUCAUAAUUAAAUAGCCUCCACCCAAAGGCCACAGUUGUGGACAGAGAUCAUUAUUGAAAGUACCCAACCUGAUGCCCAUGAGUGGAGAAAUGGAGGGGGCUAUGUUCUCCUCUGCUAUUUUACAUGCCCCAUCCCCAUAGAACAGGAUCUUUCUAGUAACUGGGAAGCAAUGGGUGCCUGGUCACUAGUUUUUAAAGUUUAGCAUGUAUGCCACCACCUCCCUUACAGAAAUAAGGGGGUCUUUUGACCCCAUUAUGAAUUAUUAUUUUUAAUCUUCAACCAUUGAGGUUUUACAUUCAACCACCGAGGGUUCUAACCUAUUUGACUUCUGGCUGCUCGUUCUGCCAGUGGGCAAAUAGUUCAGAUUUUUUUUAAAUCCUGGACUGGAUUUAAACCGUACGAAUUUCAAGUUAACGUUUGGUUCAGUUGAAAUCCGGACAUAAUUCAGGACCAUUUGUUGCCUGAAUUGCAAAAUCUAGAUAUAGUGUGAAUUUUACACUCCAAAUAGCCCUGUAUGCAUCCAGACUUUAGUGAAUAACCCUGCAGGUUUUUUUUUUUUUAAACUAUAAAACCCCUUUCAUUCUUCUGGUGCAAGUUAAGUUACCUUAAGCUUUAACAUGCAUGGAGGUUGUCCACGUUAUGAAAAUGGCCUUAUAGCAAAAGAACAAAUCUAGAGCAAUAGUGUAAAUGUUGGGGUAAUUAACAGAAACAUCCCACUGAAAUUACUCCACUAUUGAGAUAGUAUGAAGUAUAGGACAAUUCUUUUUCAUAAAAUCACCACAAUUUUAGCAUGGACUGUAACUGUUGUGAUUGCAGCCAAUUCAUCCUGUGCCUCUAGCAUUGAAGUGAAAUCUCCUCAUAGCGUUCCAAGCUGAAUGGGUAUAGCACCAUAAACCGUAAUCGGUGGUGGUUAUAAUGCUUCGAGAGAGACUGUAUUAAUUUUGUAUCUUUCCAUUACUUAGUCAUGGUCUAUAUCAAAUUCAUGUACUAAAAUCUCUGAUUAAUGCUCUGAUAUUAAAUAACAUUUAUUUUCUUUUAUUUACAUAGGAAGAAGAUGACUGGAAAUAUGUGGCUAUGGUGAUUGACAGAGUUUUUCUUUGGGUGUUCAUAAUCCUUUGUGUUUUAGGGACAACUGGCCUAUUCAUGCAGCCUAUGAUAGAUGGUAACAAAUAAAUCCUCUGUGAAAUACAAAAUUAAAAAACAUACAUUAUUUAUUAGGACACAUGCAUACCAGUCUAGGUACAUGGUUUCUUCAUAAAUUAUAUGUCUGUGUACGUGCACUCGGCAUGCAAACAACUUAUAGUCACAUGUGUUACUUCACGUUUGUUAUCAACAUGUGUGUUCAUAUGCCAUCAACUGGAUAAUUUUGUCACACAAAAGGAGUAUAUAUCUGUCUGUCUGUCUCUUCUUUUAUCUAGUUAUCUUUUCUAAUCUAUAAUAGAAGGCACUGCAGAUUGAUCAUUGUAUGUGUUAUGGUGUAGGUAAAUUUUUUACUAUAUUUUUGUAUCAAGUCUCUCUAUUACACCAUAUAUAUAUAUAUAUAUAUAUAUAUAUAUAUAUAUAUAUAUAUAUGUGUGUGUAUGUGUGUGAUACUAUCAAAGAUAUAACACUGUGACUAUGCAUGUAAAUAAAUAGUUUCCUAUAUUUUGUCUCCAGGCAUUAAAAUGUGCUAGUUAUAAGUAAUAAAAUGAUGAACAUAGGUUACAUGUAGUACUGAAUUUCAGUUAUACAAGCCACCUGACUAUACACUACACACCCUUGGCGUACCACAAUACUAUUAGAAGUCAAAACUGACUACAGAGGCCUACCUAUGUUGCUUGGUACCCAGUGUUAAGCUGUAUGUUGGCACCCCUGACAACUCCCCCCCCCCCCCUUGCAGUUGUAGUUUUUUUGACAUGUUGUUGAGCACAUCUCUUCACUUGUGUAUAUUUCUUAAUCUUGUGUCUAUCCUAAUCCUCUCUUAUUCCCUUGCAUGUCUCUUAACCUUCCUUUACUAGUUUGUGACAUUUAACCAUCCUAACCACUUUGUGUAUUUUACUUUCCCUAUUCCUAGGGAUACCACCUUUUUUAUAAAAGCAUACCGGCCAUGAUGAUUUGCUAAAUUUUAGUUAUAAAAUGUGUUUUAUUAAGUACAGCAAAAUUAAGCAAGGUCAUGCAUGAAUGGUACAUCAAGCAUAAUAGACACUGAUUUGCUUAAUUAUAUAUGAGUGACAUUACAGGACACAAAGUCGCCUGAUAUUACAUAACAUCUCAGGGAGGUACAAAAGAAGGUAAAAAUGCCCAAAAUCACUAAUAAAAUACUUACAAUGUGUAUUUUAUGUCUUACUCUGUGUGUAGCAAUGUGUGUAUACUGUGUCUUAGUGUGUGUCAGUGUCUGUAAACUGUGAGUGUGUGUCUGUGUGUGGGGGUGUAAUUGUGUGUAUAUAUCAGUGUAUAUACAUGCCAUAUAUAAUAGAGGUGGAUAUUCUAGCUUCAUUUCUCUUACCAUUCUCCCAGAGUCAAUUCGAAGAAAAAUACCGGCCAUUACAUUGCUGGUAUUUUUGCAAUUCUGGCACAGACCAGACUGCAUCAAAUAUCGGCUAUGCCGGUAAAAUACUAUUGCAACCUUACCUAUUAAUUUUGCCCCUUUUGUGUGUCUUAUAAACCUCUGGUGUCUUUUACUCUUCCUGUGACAUUUUUUGUAUCUUAUACAAUAUAAUAAACCCCUUUGCCUUUUUUGUGUUUUUUUUACUUCCUAUUGUGUAUCUUACCAAAUUUACUGUCUUCCCACUUUCGUGUACUCCUCUCCUCUUGUGUUUCCUAACUUUUGCCCCUCUUUUGUGUUUGUUAUCUCUCAUUCUGCCUCUCCUGUGUCUCUUAGCCCACUCUUCUAUAUUUUACUCCUUCCCUAUGUGUUUUUUACUCUUCCCUAUUCUACAUCUCUUACCCUCCUAUUGUAGCAAGGCCUUGAGGACCCUGGUACAAGAUUUCAGUUUAUCUGGUUGGACAGGAGUUUCUCCCAGCGUGCAAGUGUGCAGUGAGUGUCAUAUCCCUGCUUUCUUCAGUCACAGCUCCCAGUCAGACCGGGUACAGGAUAGAGAAGAUCCUUUACUGUGGUCUGCCAUACUAAUUCAUAAAAUAUAUUAAUUAACGCCCUUUUUCAUGCAACAUUUUAAUAAUGGUUGCUCUCCCUGAACAAUCUGAUACUAUCACAGUCAUUAUCACAAAUGCACAAACACACACAUGUACUUUCUCUCACCUCAAUACAUUAACACAGCCACUCCCAUCAGUCUAAGGCAUAUAUACAAGUCAUUCAAUAAUUAGCAAUACAUAUUAACUCACAUCCCACUUGCUUACUCUUCUCACAUUAAUAAGAGCACAACAGUAGCUCCUGCGUAGGGUGCAAAAACAUAAUUUCUUCUGAGGUCUCAAUGCAUCUCUGAGUAUCACUGCAUUGCAAGAUUUUGGUCUGACUGUUUGUCUAUGUCUUCAAAUAUUUACAUCUACUGAUCAUUUUAGGACUCACACUUUUUAACUCACAUAUUAUUCACUAGUGUUCUAGCAAUACUGUAUAAUACAAGAAACUAAAGAUUCAUUGAGAAUUUAUUAUUAUACAUAAGAAAUUGUUUAGGUUUAUAUUUUGUAUGUUAUUUUUACAUAAUGUCCU